ACAAGUAAUGAAGAAGCAGAACUAAGUAGAACAAAGAAAGCUUCGUCACAGAUCUAUUACACUUUUUGAAAGCAAAUGUGUGUUACCUGAAACCGUUUUGGGUAUAUAUAUAUCGGUGAUGGACCACAAGGUGCUGUAGUGACUCCCUUUAGAAAACAUAUGAGGCCCGCUCAUUGGCUGAUCUCUUGUCGAAAAAUCACCUCUGGUUGCAGAAGACGGCACUGCCGCAAACUACGUCGACAAUGUCGUAACGUCGGUGCGAUCUAUGUUGCUAAAGGAAGAGAGUGAUCGAUAAACAAACUUGUGCCAUCACAAGUGCUUGUAAACAAUCCCCGACAUGUAUCCACACAGGCGUGUUAUGCUGAAUGAACCUCGUUAUGAAGGAUAUGAAAGAACCGUCUGAGGACAGAACAUGAGCACCAAAACCAACGAUGACAUCAUACAACACCGAAGUGGGACAUUCUGUUAUGGUGGAGGUUAGUCCAGACAUCCAUAUCUGUGGCUUCUGCAAGCAGCAGUACAAUAACUUUGAAGUAUUCCUCGCCCACAAGCAAAAUGGCUGUUCGCUACAAACCUCUGACAUAUCUACCUCUACUGCAACUCCUGCAAUCACAGAUUCCAGCGCAGAGUUUGUUUACGAGGAAACCUACCAGACGUGUGUUAUGAGGGGUGUCAAAAAGAUCCUGUCCAAAGCGCAAAAAAACCCUUCCAAAAAACUAAAACCUGCGCUGACUUCAAAGAGACACAGCUGCUGUUUCUCAGGUUGCACCUUUAAGACCCAGUAUGGCCAAAAGGACAUGGAGCGCCAUCUCAAAACGCAUACAGGCGAGAAGCCGUUUGAGUGUGAGCUGUGCCACAAGCGCUUCAGCCGGCGCGACAAACUCAACAUGCACAGCCGCUCGCACACGGGGGAGAAGCCGCACAAGUGCAAACACUGUCCGUACGCGGCGGCCGACAGCAGCAGUCUGAAGAAGCACCUCCGCAUCCACUAUGACGAGCGGCCCUUCAAGUGCCAGAUCUGCCCCUACGCCAGCCGCAACUCCAGCCAGCUCACGGUCCACCUCCGCUCCCACACUGGGGACGCGCCUUUCCAGUGCCAACAGUGCGACGCCAAGUUCAAGAUCAACUCAGACCUGAAAAGGCACGUUCGCAUUCACUCGGGCGAGAAGCCCUACAAGUGUGACUUUUGUGAAUACCGCUGUGCGAUGAAGGGCAACCUGAAGUCGCACAUCCAGAUCAAGCACGGCUCCCAGAACUCCUUCCAAUGCCCACACUGUGACUUCCAGUGUGCCAACAAGACGGCCCUGCGGCAGCACUCCCGGGAGCACCUGCCCCUCCAGCCUGUUAAGUGUUCCAAGUGCACUUACUCGUGCUCCAGCAAGGGGGCGCUCAAGGUCCACGAGAGAGUUCACUCCGAGGAGCGACCCUUCAAAUGUGACUUUUGCAGCUUUGCGUCCAAGCAGCGCAGUAACCUGGUCAUCCACAAGAAGAAGUGCCACUCGGAUAAGCCCGGCAAAGGGAGCAGUGUUGGCGGCAAAUCCGGCACCGCGGGAGCGAAGAGUGUGGACUGGGACGUCCCCAAGCCGGCCAGCUCGCGCUACCGCGCCAAACUGGACGCGGCGCGGGCCUUCCGCUGCGACGUAUGCAACGCCUCUUUCGUCCGGGAAGACUCCCUGCGCAGUCACAGGAAGCAGCACCGAGGGACCCACAAUGCACUGCAGCUGCACCUCUCCUGUCAGCCCGGUGGCGGGGCCGUCGGCCCGGAGCAGGGCGACGCCCGCCUCCAGCUCCCGCUGCCCUCCGAGCCGCUGGGUCAGUACGGCAGCGCCCAGCUGAAGAUCAUCGUGUCCCACCCCCUGGGCCCGGAGGACGCCCUGAUGCAGGCGGUGGCGGCGGACGGUCACCACCAGGCCAAGGCCAACAUGCUGCUGCUGGGCCCCGACGGACAGGACAUGGCGGUGAACUCCAUGAUCCAGCAGGUCAACCUGCUGACCCCCGUGCAGCCGUCGACCCUCGGCGGGCCCACCUCCUCCCACUACGGGGGCGGGGGGACGGUCCUCCUGACCCAGCUGGGUCCGGGGGACGCUGGGGGCCACGUGCUGCACCAGGCACUGCUGCAGACCGGGGGCGGCGCAGCGCAGGGUCCCGGCGCCAACGCCACACAGACCUUCUUGGCGACCUGCUCGGACAUCGAGAGCCUCAGCGCGCUCAUCCAGGAGGGGGGCACCGAGGUCACCGUGGUGACGGAAGGCAUCGGCGCGUCGACGGCGUCCCCCGCGGCCGGCGCUCCGAUGGAGGAGGCGGCGGCCGCGAGGGCGGUGGCGUGCGUGGGCAACAGCGCCUUGGCGUGCGUGGCCGGAGGGGGGGGACUGCUGGUGCCUAGCAUCCACCUGGGCGGUCAGGGCGUGGUCCUCCACAGCCUGCCGCUCAUCGUGUCCAGCCAGACCCACAGAGGCCCCUUGGACCAGCUCCCCACCAGCACGCUCUACACAGACUCAGAAGCACAUAUAGAGGGAAUGUCCCAAUGACUCUGGAUCAGGUUGCAGACCCAGAACGUUCGUUAAAUUAACCAAAGCAACUAUUAUGAUUGCUAAAAGAGAACUAUAAUAUGCAUUGCCUGCAUAAAAUAGGGUGAGUACUGUAGUGCAAAGUAAGGUAGAACAUUUGUUUUGACAGUCACAUAGUUUCAGACAUAAAGAAAUGUUGAAUGUUAAAAUAUUUUCUCUCGAUUUAGGCCAGAGUUCAAAAGCCUUAAUGGAGUAAACCAUGUAAACAUGCACACCAUUUCAAAAAUGUAAAGUACUGUUUGUUUCUCGACCGAUCUGAUUGGGAGUUUUCUGAUUGCCCAAAAGAUAUUUUAUAUUUAACCUAGAAACAAAAUGUAAUGCUAAUAAGUUUACAGUAUUUCUUGAUUCGCUGGUGCUAAAAUUAAUAAUCGAUUGGAAAUAUGAUUGUUAUCUUAUAUAUCGGGCGUUUGUGUGUGGGGACCAUGGACCCCCUUUUUAUAUUGCUAGAUGCUAUGCGCCAUGCUAUGCGCUUCCUUCUUAUCCGAUGUAUUUCCGGUAGAAGCUAAAUGCUAACGUGCUUAUAAACGAUAUCUUUCACGUCAUGUUAUCUACACAAACGAUAUGGCACAUGAAAGCUGAGACUCCACCGAGUCCAUGUAGGCCUUGUAAUUUGUGAUCUUAUCUCCAUAAUCUAGAUGUCAAAGAAUAGUUACAACAAGUUACAAGUGAACACGCGCACGCACCGCUCAGCUAAUCGUGUUUUUUGUCUCAGAUCUCGUCAAACUUUAUGAGUUUAGAUUUGUCUUUAACUCUUUACACUUUAUUUGUUUACAACCAUUUAAAUUAUUUUAAAAUGUUUUGCACGUUUAAUCCAUUUAUACUUUAGAACUCUCUUUUAAUAUUUUCACUUGAUUUAUUCGAUUCCACAUUUAUUUACGUCUUAAACUAUGUGGCUUUUUUUUUAAACACAAUUUCAACCUUCAAAAUUUUGAAAUCGAAUUGGGUUCCUCAAAUAGGGUUGGGUUUCUCCAACUUCUCUUUAGACUUCCGCUGUGGUUUGUUGUGAAAAGCAGAUGCAACAGAACUAUCGUGACAGUAAGCUACGCAACACACAAAGUUCACUGAAUGAAGAGUCUGUCGUGCCAAUGCUUGAUCUCUAAUUCAACAAUACCUCCCAUUUUAUUCCAUUUGGAAUAUAUAUCUAUGAAUCUCUUUAAAGGAGAGAAGAGGUUAAUAAAGAUCCAUCCUAAGGAAAUAACGCGAGGCACGGAAGAGGUUACCACCCAGAUAGAUUUAAAAUAAUAUCCUAACAUUUAUUUAUAAAUAAAAAGGGACUGUAUAAGCUGUUGCUUAUUUUUUGCUCUAAUUAUCUCUAAAUCAAUUCUUAAUACCCUCCCAGUUACCUAAAUAUAUCAACUUUUAAAACGCCUUAUUUUACCGAAACUACUAUGUUGUGUCGCUCAGCCGCCUGCAGGUGUCAGCAGAUAUCCAUAUUCAACCACUAUAGGCAAGUAUUUUCUGCUGAAUUUAUUCUUGGCUUUUAAAGAUGUUUUGGACUUUCUGAUGGCUAACCUAUGUAAUGAUUGUCACUGUUAUUUUGAAUACCCCUAAUUGUUUGAAAUGACGCUUAUAGGUUCCAUCUAUUGAAAUUGUUGUUUUAGGCAUGCUGGAAAUCCUAUUGAUGGAUACUUUUGAUCAAUUAGUUAUUACAACUUUAUGUAUUACAGUAUGUGACAUUUGUCAUUACAUUUUAAAUAUGAUUAUGUCAGGGAUUUACUAUAUAAUGCUAGGUACCGUUUUCCAUUAUCCAUCUGUUAUUUAUUCUGACAUAUUUUGUGCUAAUUACCAAAGCCAUAUACAAUGGUUUAUAGGAUGCACUUGUUGUGCAAAAUGCAGAAGCGCUCAGGGAUGUGUCUCUUUGAUCUAUUAUUUCACAGACUUCCAGGCCCUAAUCCCAAGCGCCCUCCACGUGGAGGCGCGUUCUCCCUCCACCCCUCCACAUGUGAUAUCAUACACGAGCUAAGUGCCUUUUUGUAAGAGACCAAAUCAAUAUGUAUAUAUAAAUGUACAUCUAUUUUUUUGGAGGGAGAGUUUUCAAUGUCACAAUUGGUAGAUCUUGAUUUGUUGUCGCAAUGCACAGCAAUGUAACAUGAGGAAAAGGGAAAGGGAUAAUAAUGUGCUGGGAAAAGCACUUGAAGACAUGCUAAUUAAUAUGCUGGCAAAAAUGCAAAAGCUGCUGUCUCAUAAAAUAGGGAAUCCUUCACUUUUGCCCUAAAUAAAAUAGGUCGGAUGGCUUUGUGGGAAAAAGGUAGCAGGGUUUUUAAAUGGACCCCUUGAUACUGUAUGGCACUUCUCUGCCCCUUCCUUCCUGUGUGUGAGAUGGCAGCCUUUGAAUAGGGUCAUAAAUGUCUCCCCAAAAGCAAUUUCCACUCCCAGCUGCUUAAAGAAACCGUAAGUUGUGAUGCUUUCCUUCUGGACACCAAACGGAUCCAGGGAGAGCAGAGUGUUGGGGAGAAAAUGAACAGAACCACCGAGGAUUACAGGGGUACAUUAGGCAAAGAGGGCAGUUCCUUUAACAGUGUGAAAUUGUCACAGAGCUCAUAAUAUUUUCAGGAUUUAUAGGUUACUUCAGGCUUGACCGAAGACAGUGUUUUGAUUUAAAGGUGGAAGUUAAUUUUUUGUACCACAUCUUGGUUCUUUAUUUGACCUGUAUUGACAAUAUAUUCAGGAUUUUAGGUUUGUUUGGAGAAGCUAAUUUACUAAAUUGCAUUGAGUGCUUUAAUGAAAUUAGCUGGAGGGGCCAAGUAUUGAUAUAGACUAUGGAGUUUCAAUGUUGACACAAUGUUUUCUCUCCCUGACACUAUUGACAGUUUAAGUGAUUUUUGAUUUCUCAGGGCACUGCAAACUCUAUAUCUCUGUCUGUGUUUAAUUAGCUUUGUUUGUGAAAGAAACGCAGAAGGUAAAGACUUUUGAUAGGUUUUCUGUGAGUGAAUGACAGAUUAAUUUGCCUUUUCGUAGUAUUUUCUGAUUAUGUACUCAGAUUAUUCUACACAAUGAAAUAAUCCUUAAAUGCAUAGCAAUCUAACAAAAGCAAGAAAGGUCGUCAAAUUAAAUAGCAAAUCUUGAUUUGAUGAAACUACACACUUUGUAAUGUGCCCAAAUAAUUUUAAACUGAUGGCCAUCCAAAAUGUGAAACAUUCCUUUAUUCAUUAAUUCAUUCAUUGUUUGUCACUCAGUCGAUUAUUUUGUUCCUCAUAUCAGCUGUUUUGAACUGAAACUUUGUCCCCUUCUCUGUGAUAUCCAUUUGGCAUUGUGGGUGUUUAAUUGGUUGUAUUUUUGGUUUGUUAUCCGUCUUUAGUCAUCAGGAAACCCCGACAGACUCUUUUGUUGUUACCUCUUUUGGGAUUGAAAGAAGUGGUUUAAAACUAGUCCUCAGGGGGGCCAGCAAAUACAAGUGUAAUGUUGCGCCAAUAGCCAUUGGCCGGAGUGAGCUGUCCAAAGCACAUGGAAGUCCUUUAAUGGACAUUGGAAUGUUAAAGAAUCUCGCUUUGAAAACACAGAAGCCAUGCCAUUUAUGACUAUGUCCUUUAUAAUUGCAUAGUCAUAAACAGCCUCACUGUUGAGAGAUGACUGGGGAAUGUGAUCUUGUCAAUGUAAAUAACUGAGCUGAGCAUUUGGCCUGUGGUUUGAUUUCUUUGAUUUCUGUGCAGCUCCAUAUGUCUAAACAAAUUGAUAUCAAAUAAAUGAUCAAAUUGAGUUGCAUGUCGUGUAGGACCCCUUCUGGAGCACCAUGGGACUUAGAGGGGGUUGGCGGGGUGUUUAGGAGAAGAAAGAACAAAUAAACUUUGGCUGAGGUGUCGUUACCUUUCCCAUCACAAUGCUGUUUGCUUCAGUAACAACCUCUGAUCAUUUUCACAUAUCGCCACACUGUGUGUGUCUGGCUCGUUAACACAUGCGGGGACAGGACAGUCCCAGCGUUGUGUGUAGUUUGGCAUCUGCUUUUUUUAUCACUGCCUUGUGAAUUCCAAAGAGUGAUUAGUGUAUCUUUACACAUUCAAAACGACUGCCAGCCCUGGCUAAUUAAAAAACAAAAAAUAAUUUGUCUAUAACCCCAGUACAACACGUUCUAAAGAUAAACUUUCCUUUUGGGCGGUAACAUGUAGGAAAAUAACAGUCAU